AAAGCCUUUACGUCAAGCCAGGCAGGAAGAAGAAGGCAAACCUGAUGGCACGAUAGCCGGGUCCUCGCGUCCCACCGAAACCAAAUGCAAACCCGCUUCUCUCGCCCAUGGACGCGCUAUAUCCAGUUUCACACGGAUUCCGUCGCGCGCACCGGGGCUGAGCUGAUCCUAUGGCAGACAUCGGGCCGCCUUGUACCGUCGCCCGUCUGAUCCACUGUGAGAGAAAAUAAUUUGAUGAGAGGGAGUGAGAUGAACAGCCAACAACGACCAUCACUGCUCGCCUUAUCGGCACUCCUGCUCUGCACAUUACACCAGACAGCCGGGUCCGGCAGAUCCCAUCGCAGCAGCGCAGCAUCAUCAACGUUAUCGUCAACCGCAUCCCCAUUCGGGGUGAGAGGCAGGAAUCAUGUGGGGACGCACCGGAGCUGGCUCAAACAGACUAACGUCAGCUCCAACUAUGGCGGUCACAGCCACGAAAGUAGGCCAUCGCCAAAGCUCGAGGAGGUGACGGGCCGCGUGAGUGGCUCCUCUUUCAACACCGGCAGAGGCAACACUACGACUGUGAUAUCUGAAGGGUCCGGCGGGGCACCGAGCUGGAGCCCGGAGGAAGGGGUGUCACCACUGUGUGCCUACCGAGUGACUGAGGGAGGCAUUGGGGGCCAGCUGUGUUUUCGAGACACGCUGUUUGGGUACAAGUGUCGUAAGGCAGACUGCAGGACAGUGGUGUCUUUGGGGAAUCUGGUGGCAAAUAUUCUUAUCAAUGGCAGCGUACUGUUACAGUGGGCCCACGAGGCAGAGGCCACGGCGACUGGCCGAGGUCGGAGGACAGAAGAGGCUGCAGCUGGCCAGAAGAGCAGUGGGGAUCCUGGGACCAAUUUAGCAAGAGGGAAAACUCUGCGGUCAAACACUGUUGUCAGUGGCCGACGCCACAGACGCGGAGGCUAUGAGUUAAGCUGCUGGUGGAACGGAAGCUACACUCAGUUUGAGUGCGCCGGUGUCCAUCUUGGAUCCGGCUGCAGGGACUUCCUCCUGACCGAGCUGCACGAGAACAUCCCCUACCGACUCUGCUUGCGUUCCCUGGCCCGCUCCGAUCCAGCUCAGAGCGCAGACCAGCGGGACUGCGUGGAGUUUACCCUUCCGCCGUCUGGGAUGCAGGACAUUGUGAUCGCCAUGACAACGGUGGGGGGAGCUAUUUGUGUGAUGCUGGUCAUCAUCUGCUUGCUGGUGGCAUAUAUCACAGAAAACAUCAUGAGCCCCACGACACAGCACACAUACUCCUACCGCACUCACUCGCGUCACUGAUGCAAUGCUCAAUAAAUUACAAAGUCCUACAUUUAACACCCAUGACCAGAUCUAAUCUCACAAUCAUAGUCACGCAUUGUCCAAAAAUAAUUAUUUUUCAAUUAGCCACAUAUGAUACACUCAUUCUGAAGCACAAUCUACUGUGGCUCUGCAAAAAAAAAAAAAAAAACAUGCCUUGUCAACCUCCGCGAGGGUGCACUGAACCAAAAGUACCGAUAACCUAUAUUUAGUAAAUACGGUAGUUUACUGUUAUGUUUUUGUUCAAGGUUGUCCGUGAUUGAGCCUGUCAAUCUGUGUGCUGGCAGCGUUUAUACAGCAAUACAAUUAACGAAAUGGCUUUGACUACAGCAGAAACAGCAGAGUUUUGCUAAAUGUGCAGCCUGUGAAAGUGUCCAGACUGGUCCUGUCCUUGCUGGGUCACGGAAAAAUAAAACUUCACUGAAUUACGUUUUUCCACUUGACUAAAUCAUCCCACCAUCUUGUUUUGCUUUCAGGUCUGCAUACAAUAUGUAUUUGUACCAUUUUGUGAAGGGCAAUACAAUCUGGUGUACAAUCUCCAAAUACUGUGCCAGACAUCUUGAGUUAGAAUGCCUUUAUGUCCUGCUGUCAGUGAAUAAAGAAC